AUGUCUCAUCCUCAAGAGCCUAUAGAUGAAAAAUAUGACGGGAAUCUAAGUUCACCGCCAGAUUCAGGAAAAAUUCCCGAGAAAUAUCAGCCUUUUUCGGAUGAGGACGAGUUCUUGAUGGAUAAUCAACAUCCCAAGUCGCGAACAGGCGACACCGGCGUAAAGCGAGAAGAUCGUCAAGGCAAUCAAAAGUUUGGGGUCCGCGUUCGUGAACAUUGGUGGCAGUUAUGGCGCUUUAAAAAUGCUCCGCCCCCGCCGCCUGAAAGCCUUGAUGAUGCCAAGGAACUGCCGCUUGGUCGUGCAAACAUCUUUUCGGAUUAUACCUACCAUUGGAUCGGAUCUAUGCUGCUUCUCGGAUACCGUCGCCCACUUGAAGCCACGGAUCUGUGGGCCAUGGAUGGUCCACGCCAGGCGGAGCACCUUAGCAACAAACUUGUACAGUGCUGGGAGGCUCGUGUGGCCAAAGCCGACAAGCAAAAUGAAAAAUUUAGGAAUGGCCAAGCGAAGCCCUCGGCUUCUAUGUACCGGAAAUGGAAGAGUCAGGCGAAGAAAGAGUACGAGGAAAAAGUUGGCGGCGAAGCAUCAGUUGAAGAACGUCUUGCAGCAAAGGAAGCUAUUUGGUCUAUGCCUGACUUCUCUGUACUUAAACAAAUUGAGAUCACCAGCGAAAUGCGACGCAAGAAGGAACUUGCAGGCUCGGUAAAGAGUGGGCAAAAGCGGGCGAAUCUUUUUAUGUCUUGCUUCGAUAUUUUUUGGCCUCAUAUCCUAGAGGCUUUCCUGUCCAAGCUGCUCGCCGAUGUUGCUCAAAUGUGUUCUGCUCUUGUGAUCGAACAGCUCAUGGGUGCGAUUCGUCAGGAAAAGACAGGACUCGCAUGCGGAUACUCUGUUGUCAUGUUUGUCAUGCUUGUGAUUGGUAAUAUCCUUUCGAACCGAUUCUUCUACAAGAGUUUGUACGUCGGUGUAUUUUGUCGUGCUGCCCUUGUGUCGGGUAUUUUCCGACGUGCUUUGAACAUGCAGGGCCGCGAUCGCUCUACGGGUAAGCUUGUCAACCAUAUCAGUACCGACGUUAGUCGAAUUGACUUUGGUGCUCAAUGGUGGCUUUUGGCCUUCACGGCACCCGUGGAAAUUAUUGUCUGUUUGAUCAUUUUACUGACUCGAUUUGGUGUGUCUUGUCUGUCUGGCUUUGCUCUGAUCGUUGUUGUUAUGCCAUUUCAGAUGUUUUACAUGCUGUUCUUGUUUACUCUGCGCGCCAAGUCUAUGCAAUGGACGGAUCGUCGAGCGCGACGCACGCAAGAGGUAGUUUCCGGUAUGCGCAUCGUCAAGCUGUUUUCGUACGAAUCUAAUUUCUUCAAGUUGAUUUCGGACUUGCGAAAACACGAAUUGAAGUACAUUUUCUACCUUGCUGUGGCUCGCUCUGGUUUGAUGGCCUCGGCCAUUAGUUUGCCCUUGCUGUCAAGUGUUCUAGCAGUUAUUACUUACUAUUUCAAGAAGAAUCGCUUGGAUUUGGAAGAUUUAGAAAAGGUGUUCCCUGCUAUUACCCUUUUCCAGCUGCUUCGUCUUCCCCUUAUGUUCUUACCGUUUGGUCUUAGUGUCAUCGCAGAUGGAUGGAACUCGUUUAUGCGUCUUCGCGAUGUCUUCUAUGCCGAACAGCACGACACGACGUUGCAUUCUGACGAGUCUUCUCCGUAUGGUCUUUUUAUUAACGAUGCCACCUUUUUGUGGGAAAGUGUGGAAGAAGAUGAGACGCUCAAGCCCGUCAAAAAAUUGAACGAAAAGUCAAGUAAGCGUCAGGCUAAACAUAAGCGCCUGUGGGCACGCCUUCUUCGUAAUCGAAAAAGUAAACCGGCCAAGUCAGGCAAGAAAUUCAAGUUUUUGCGCCGCAAAGACAAAGUCAGUGCGGCUGAAGUUGCGGCUGAUGAGGGUGUGCCUGUGACAAGUGUACCAGACAAGAUGCCAGACGAAGUCAUCGAGACGCCGUUCCAAAUGGAAAAUGUGAAUCUCAAGGUGCGUCGUGGCGAGCUUUGUGCUGUCAUUGGUCCUGUGGGUUCCGGUAAGUCCUCGUUAAUCCUCGGUGCCAUUGGCGAAAUGUCUAGGUCUGCAGGCGAUGUUAUUUGGUCGUCCCAACGAGUGGCCUAUUGUGCUCAGUCUGCAUGGAUUCAGAACGCCACAAUUCGCGAAAACAUUGUGUUUGGCCAGCCAUGGAAUGCUAAGCAUUAUUGGGACUGUGUGAAGCGAGCAGAGCUCUUUGCUGAUUUUGCCAUACUGCAGGGUGGUGACAUGACAGAGAUCGGAGAACGUGGUGUCACGCUUUCCGGCGGUCAGAAGCAGCGCAUCAAUAUUGCCCGUGCUUUGUACUUUGAUGCUGAUAUUAUUUGUCUCGAUGACCCGCUUUCGGCUGUGGAUGCGCAUGUUGGUAAAGCCCUGUUCAACAAUGCCAUUUUGCCUCUAAGGGAUCAAGGCAAGACGGUUAUUCUCGUGACACAUGCAAUCCAGCACCUUCCUAGGUGUGACCGGAUUGUGCUGAUGGACGAUGGAAGAAUCGAUGAAACGGGCACUUACGAGGAACUCAUGAGUCUGCGCGGUUCGUUUUUCAACACCAUGUACAACUUUGGUAUGUUGAAGGAUCAAGAAGAGGAUGCAGAUGAACUUGCUGCGGAAGAGGAGGAUUCGAAGGCUCCGGCUAAGAAAUACACGCUAGCGGAUCUGAGCAAACCGGGCUUUGGUAAGACGACCGAGAGCGAGGAACGCAACACGGGUUCAGUGGACGGUCAUGUGUGGCUCUCUUACAUCCGCGCCGGCAAAGGCUGGCUUGUGGUGCCUAUUGUCCUUGUGGCUGGUGCUUGUAUGCAGGCAUCCACGAACCUGUCUUCAUACUGGGUCAUUUGGUGGCAAGAGUGGGAAGGUGAAAAGGCGGAUCAGAAAGCACGCGAUGUGCCCGUUACCACCAACAAAUCCAUCGGCCUUGAGGCUGGUGUAUACGCGGCGCUGGGUAUUAUUCAGCUCCUCUUCAAUUUCGUCAUGGAUGUGGCUCUUGGUGUAAUGACGUUCCUUGCUUCGCGCAGACUUCAUGAUAAUGGUAUGCGACGGGUGAUUUACGCUCCGAUGGCGUGGUUCGAUACCACACCUUUGGGACGUAUCAUGAACCGAUUCGGUAAAGACAUUGACGUGCUGGACAACCAGCUGAGCAAUCUCGUUCGUCAGUGCGCGUCCACGGUGCUUUCCAUUCUCGGUGCAUCAAUCAUGGUGAUUGUGUUCACGUACUACUUCGCCAUUGUGGUAGUGGCCGUGUUUGUCUUUGCCUACUUCUUUUCGACCUUCUACCGCUCUUCUGCGCGUGAAUUCAAGCGUGUCGAUGCCCUCCUGCGAUCGACGCUUUACUCGCACUUCGCUGAAUCGCUGAGCGGUCUCACGACCAUCCGUGCAUACCGCGAAUCGGACCGCUUCCUACAUGAUAAUUACAAGUACAUGGACCUUCAGAAUCGCGCGUACUUCCUCACAAUUGUAAAUCAGCGAUGGCUCGGUCUCCGUCUUGACGUGUUAGGGUCUGUGUGUGUACUCAUAACUGGUCUGCUAUGCUCUAAUCGUGUUGGUACGAUUAACAGUGGAACUAGUGGCGUGUCCUUGUCUCAAGUUGUGACGGUGGCUCAAACCCUGGGUUUCCUUACGCGUCAGCUCACCGAACUCGAAAAUGAGAUGAACUCCGCUGAGCGUGUAGUGUAUUACGCUGAAAGCCUUGACCAAGAGCCGGCGCAACAAAUUCCAGAGAAUAAGCCUGAUGCUGCAUGGCCUUCGCAUGGCAAAGUGGAGCUGAACAAUGUAUGGCUUCGGUACCGCCCCAACUUACCUCCUGUGCUCAAAGGCGUUAAUUUUACCGUGAAUGGCGGCGAAAAAGUGGGUAUUGUGGGUCGUACCGGUGCGGGUAAAAGUUCAAUUCUCACUGUUCUGCUGCGCUUAGCUGAGGCCACCGAGGGCACGGUUAGGGUCGAUGAUGUGGAUGUGUCCAAGAUUGGAUUGGAGGAUCUGCGCCGCAGCAUUGCUAUUCUCCCCCAGGAGCCACUGCUUUUCAGUGGUACUUUAAGAUCCAACUUGGAUCCAUUCGAGCGCUUUGAUGACGCUCGUCUUUGGGAUGCGAUGCACCGUGCGUAUUUGACGUCUGCGUCGAACGCUAGCGAGCCAGGCACAGGCACUGUGACUCCCAACCCGGAUGCAACAACGCCCAACAACCCGCAGGCGACUCAAGAGCAAGAACCUAAAUCGCUUACAAGACUCACACUUGACUCGAUCAUUGACGAAGAGGGUGCUAAUCUUUCUGUGGGUCAACGCAGUCUGGUGUCUCUCGCACGCGCUCUUGUGAAAAACAGCAAGAUUAUUCUGUUGGAUGAAGCCACGGCGUCCGUUGACCUUGAGACCGAUACCAAAAUCCAGCGCACCAUUCGCACCGAAUUCGCGGAUCGCACCAUGUUGUGCAUUGCACACCGUCUAUCGACCAUUAUUGGUUACGACAAGAUCAUUGUCAUGGAUGACGGCAAGGUAGCCGAAUUCGACACGCCACUGAAUCUAUUCGACACUCCCGACAGUAUUUUCCGUGGUAUGUGCGAGCGCAGCGGUAUCAUUCGCAAUGAUAUUGUGUCCGCCCGAUCUCUCGUGACCUCUGCUGCUGCCAACCAAGCUUCCGCACAGGACCAUUCCAUGACGGAACACGUCCAUACCACAGUCCUGAAUCAACAACCAGUAAUGUACCCACCACCCCCUCAACAACCAGAUAAUUCAAAAGAAUAA